CAGCAACCCCCCCAGUAACGUUUAAGACUUUUAAGAGGGCGUGAGACAGCAUUUCAUCCAAAGAGAAAAACAAAACGACCCGACCCGAAUCAGAAAAACAUGGGCAAGGAUUUGAGCGACGAUCAGGUGUCAUCAAUGAAAGAAGCGUUCACGCUCUUCGACACAGACGGUGACGGAAAGAUAGCCCCAUCGGAAUUGGGGAUCCUUAUGAGAUCUCUCGGUGGAAACCCGACCCAAGCUCAAUUAAAAUCCAUAAUCGCCGAGGAGAACUUGACGGCACCGUUUGAUUUCCCUAGAUUCCUUGAUUUAAUGGCAAAGCACAUGAAAGCUGAGCCGUUUGAUCGGCAGUUACGUGAUGCAUUCAAAGUGCUUGAUAAGGAUAACACAGGGUUUGUUUCUGUUGCGGAUCUGCGUCAUAUUUUGACCAGUAUUGGAGAGAAAUUGGAGGUGGCGGAGUUCGAUGAGUGGAUCCGAGAAGUUGAUGUCGGGUCCGAUGGGAGGAUCCGUUACGAUGAUUUUAUUGCUAGAAUGGUUGCUAAGUGAAAGUGAAUGAUUUGGAUUUUAAAGAUUUGUAAGUGUUUGUGAGUUUGUUUUGGAAGCAAAUUGUCGUUAGUUUUUUUUUUUUUUUGGGGGGGGGGGGGGGGGGCAGUAGUGUUUGCUUUGGGUUUUGUUUGUAAUGGAUGGUGUUGGUGUUUUUAUUUAUUUUAAUAAUUGAAUUGUUGAAUUAAUUUUAAUUUUCUUUUUGUAGUUAGCGUGUGGAUGCUAUUGUUGAAUCUGUGAUUUUUUACAGAUUUUUGGGUGAAAUAUAUUGUACGGAACUAUUUUUUAGCUACUCUUCCGUCCGCAUUUAAGGAACGUUUUGUGAAUCUGGGGUUCUGGAAGAUUUUUGAAGAAGAAGAGUCUGUCAAGCAUUUGAGAGGGAUUUUACAGGUCCAUGAAUUCCCUGGUCUUGAGAGCUUUUAGGUGCACGGUACCGGAAAAUUGUAAAGAGCAAAAAAGAGAUUGAAAUCUACCAUUAUUUAGUUUGCCUGGUUUACAGCUCUGUGCUUAAAGAUGGGCAUGGUCAUGGGAUUGGGUAUGUGGACCUGUUGAGGUUGAUAAAAUAGGUUUGGAUUAGCAGAAAUCAUCGGUAUUUCUGCCAAAAACUUGUGAUAAAUAAUGUCAGGUUGAUGAAACCAGAUUUCAUGCUAUAGAAGAAUGAAAGCUCCUGCUUGUUGACA